UGUGAGAACCUCAGAGGUCUAUUAGAAGUCAUCGAGUCCUUCCUCACAGAAACCAGCGCACUUCUGCAAAGAGUUUCUACUUCUCAGUCACUAAGAACUUACAAAACAGCCAUGCAGGCUCAGGAAGUCCUGAGACAGUUGCGGCUUCCUGAGCUGGAUGACUUGCGCCAGUACAUACGUGGACUUCCCACCAACACGCUGCUGGGCAUGGGCGCCGUGGCCACCUUAACCACCUACUGGUUCUGCACCCGACCGCGAGCCCUCCUGCCGCCAUGCGACCUCACCAUGCAGUCGGCAAACAUGCAGAGUGAGGAAAACGCGAGAAGAUCGGUGCUCAACAACAGCGACGAACACAUGGCGUACUACCACAGCGACGCAAAGACGAUGUACGAGGGCUUUCUACGAGGGCUUCGAGUGUCAAAUAACGGACCGUGUUUAGGAGCGAGAAAACCAAACCAGCCGUACGAGUGGCAGUCGUACAGAGAGGUUGCAGACCGGGCCGAGAACGUGGGCUCCGCCUUGCUUCACAAGGGUCACUCUCAGUCCGGAGACCAAUUUAUUGGGAUCUUUGCACAGAACAGACCAGAGUGGACCAUUUCCGAGCUGGCUUGUUACACGUACUCCCUUGUAGCCGUCCCGCUGUACGACACGCUGGGCGCAGAGGCCAUCGGCUUCAUCAUCGAUAAAGCCACCAUCAGCACAGUGAUCUGCGACGUGCCCGAAAAAGCUCGGAUGAUCCUCGACUGUUUCAACGAAAAAAAGCAAACGGUGAAGACGAUUGUGAUGAUGGAGCCGUUUGAUGCCGAGCUGGUGGCCCGAGGACAAACGUUCGGAGUCGAGGUUAUGAGCCUGAAGGACUUUGAGGACUUGGGUAAAACUUACCACCAUGACCCCAUGCCACCGAAACCAGAGGACCUUGCGCUUAUCUGCUUCACAUCUGGAACUACAGGAAACCCAAAGGGUGCAAUUCUCACCCAUGGAAAUAUCAUCGCAAACACUGCAGCUUUUCUUAAAAUAACUGAGGUUCACUGCAUGCUGAGCUGCCGUGAUGUUCUCAUAUCCUAUCUACCUUUAGCUCAUAUGUUUGAGAGAGUUGUUCAGGGCGUCAUCCUCACCCAAGGCGCUCGUAUCGGAUUCUUCCAAGGUGACAUUCGACUCUUGAUGGACGACCUGAAAGAACUGCGGCCGACGUUCUUCCCUGUGGUGCCACGUCUCCUAAACCGCAUGUUUGAUAAGAUAUUUAGCCAAGCCAACACGCGGCUAAAAAGAUGGAUGCUUGAUUUGGCAUUCCAAAGGAAGCUUUCGGAGCUGAAUAGCGGUGUGGUCAGGAGGGACAGUAUCUGGGAUAAGCUUAUCUUCAAAAAAGUACAGGCAAGCUUGGGUGGACGCGUGAGGGUGAUGCUUACAGGAGCGGCGCCCGUGUCUCCCCCCGUGCUGACUUUCCUAAGAGUUGCGUUGGGAUGUCAGUUUUACGAAGGCUACGGUCAGACAGAAUGCACAGCAGGAUGCUCCAUGUCGUUGCCUGGUGACUGGACAGCUGGUCACGUCGGGCCUCCUCUGCCCUGCAACGCUAUCAAAUUGGUCGAUGUGGAAGACAUGAAUUAUUUUGCAGCCAACAAUGAAGGAGAGGUUUGUGUCAAAGGACCAAAUGUCUUCCUGGGAUACCUGGGAGACCCCGAGAAAACGGCGGAGGCCAUCGAUAAAGACGGAUGGCUGCACACGGGGGACGUUGGCAAAUGGCUUCCAAACGGCACUCUGAAGAUCAUCGAUAGGAAGAAGCACAUCUUCAAGCUGGCUCAAGGGGAAUACAUCGCCCCGGAGAAAAUCGAGAACAUUUACAACCGCAGCGACCCGGUGGCGCAGAUAUUCGUGCACGGUGACAGCUUACAGGCAUGCUUGGUGGCGAUCGUGGUGCCCGAUCCUGACUUUUUACCCAUUUGGAUCAAGAAACGAGGCAUUACUGGCUCCUACUUGGAGUUGUGCAAGAACAAUGAUGUUAAGAACGCCAUUUUGGAGGACAUUCAGAGGCUGGGCAAAGAAGCUGGACUCAAGUCUUUUGAACAGGUGAGAGACAUUGCAUUACAUUCGGAGAUGUUCUCUGUGCAAAACGGCCUGCUGACACCGACGCUCAAGGCUAAAAGAGCAGAUAUUCGGAAUCACUUCAGAGUGCAGAUAGAUGAACUUUAUGCGGGCCUUAAGGUCUAAGCGGAUUGGACUGGAAGGUUACAACUGAAUGGGAACAUGUUUCCCAGUGACACUUUUUUUUUUUUUGGUCUAAGCUUUCCUCAACAGAGCACCAAAUCAAGUGAGUGGUUUUAUUUAUCCUAGUAUAAAUCUUGCAGAAGUUUAAACUGGAGGUUUUAAAGUUUGUGGCAUGCGCGUGGAUAUUUAAUGAAGUCAUUACAGGUAAAUAAUAUUUGAAUUAUACCUAAUAUAACAAAGAAUGAUAUUCUGAGCUUUGAAUAUAUUUGCAUUCCCCCAUUUCUCAACCGGUUCAGUUUGUUUUUAUGAUUUUCAUUUGGGGGGCACAGAAUAGCAACAAUUUUAAUCCUGUCUUUGUCACACUAUUCGUUUUAAAAGGUGACUUAUUGGAAUUGAGACCUGCCAAUUCAAAUCAUAUUGUGCUUGUAAAAUAAUGUAUAAAAUAUAUAUAUAUAUUUUUUGCAGGUUCGUGCUUAAGUUGUGAGUAAAACAAAGUUCAAUAAAGUGCAAAAGUAA